GUGUCAGUAAGCGAGAGGCAGAGAGAGAGAGAGAGAGAGAGAGAGAGAGAGAGAGAGCAAGCUCUCCUCUCACAACACUCCGUCGCCCACACUCUCCACACGCAGAGGGACAGAGGGAGAGAGAGCGCUGAUCCAAGAAAUUGCUCGCUAAAUUCUCACUUAUCAUCCAUCCCUCUCUCUCUUCCACUGUCCUUCCUCCGUCUCUCUCUCUCUCUCUCUCUUCUACUCGCGUUGAAUCGCUCGCACACAGUACCGGACACCCCCUGUUUCUGCAGAAACGGAGCAGAGCACGGCUCAGCAUAGCAAGACCGAUUCACAUCAACCCAGUUCUCCAAUUCCUACUACACUCCGCUCCGAAACGCUUUCUCGGUCUGCUCCACUUGGUCUGUGGGAGCUCCGGGAUUGAUCCGCUGUGGGGUGGCACAGGCACAGAGUGCGGGAGAGGGGGAGAGAGUUGAUUGGUUGGAGGACCUACUGCCUAAUCUUUGGGAAGCAAAGGACCUGUCGCUCCCAAUGAUUCUUACGUGCUGGUGCUGAUGGUGGUCGUAGUGCUGCUGCUGCCUAUCCUCAAUUGAUCAGUCUAAUCGCACUUUGAUUGUCUCCAGCUUACUCGGGAUCUUGGCUUUGUACCGACCCGACGAAUCAUUCAUUCUCCCUUUGCUUCAGUUCGAGAUUGGAGGAAGUGAAGCUUCUGGGGCUGUUAGUGGCGUUGCGGCUGCGAGUGAUACAGUACAUACAAACUCAAGGGGCAUACCACACCACAGGAGCAGAUCUCAGUCAUAUGAGGAGUCAUUUUGGUCUACUGGAGGUCGUUUUGGUGCUCGUAUUCAUUAGUAAUGCUCAAUGGGUCGCAAAGGGAAACAUGUCCUGCAAGUGCGAUAGCUAUGGAGUACUCCGCCCUCACAGCGUUACAAUCACCGAGUUUGGAGCGGUUGGAGAUGGAGUCACCCUCAACACGAAGGCCUUCCAGAACGCGAUGUUUUAUCUUAAUUCUUUUGCGGACAAAGGUGGCGCCAAGCUCUUUGUACCUGCUGGCCGUUGGUUGACAGGAAGCUUUGACCUUAUCAGCCAUCUGACCCUUUGGCUUGACAAGGAUGCCGUUAUUCUCGGUUCCACGUAUUCUGAAGAUUGGCCUGUUGUUGAUCCUUUACCAUCGUAUGGCCGGGGAAGGGAGUUGCCCGGCGGAAGGCAUCGGAGCCUAAUUUUUGGACGGAAUUUGACAGAUGUUGUCAUCACAGGGGAAAAUGGAACAAUUGAUGGUCAAGGCUUUGAAUGGUGGGAGAGGUUCAGGAACAAGACUCUGGAUUAUACGCGGCCCCACCUUGUCGAGCUGAUGAACUCAACUGGAGUCGUGAUCUCAAACUUGACUUUCUUGAACUCUCCCUUCUGGACCAUCCAUCCUGUGUAUUGCAGCCAAGUCACUGUUCGGAACGUCACCAUUCGUGCCCCUCUCAAUUCCCCUAAUACUGAUGGAAUUGACCCAGAUUCAUGCGAUGAUGUAUGCAUAGAAGACUGCUUCAUAACCACAGGGGACGAUGUGAUCGCCAUAAAAAGUGGCUGGGAUGAGUACGGGAUAUCAUAUGGACGUCCCAGCACAAAUAUAAUCAUUCGCCGGCUUAUUGGGGAGACUCGCAGCUCGGGGAUCGCGAUUGGGAGUGAAAUGUCCGGUGGGGUAUCUGAAGUCCAUGCUGAGGACCUCCUGUUCUUUAAUUCCGCUGCUGGGAUCAGAAUCAAGACAUCUCCAGGUCGGGGUGGUUAUGUGAAGAACAUCUACAUGGCGAAUGUUACCUUAGUCAAUGUGGGGACAGCUAUAAGGUUCACGGGUAAUUAUGGGGAACACCCUGACGAACAUUAUGAUCCGAACGCGACCCCGCUGAUUGAGAAGAUCACUUUUAAGGACAUAAAGGGAGAGAAUAUUACGACUGCAGGGCUCAUGCAGGGCAUCGAAGGCGAUAGUUUCCGGGAUAUCUGCCUAUACAACAUUACCCUACAAGUAACAACAAACUCUCCAUGGAACUGUUCUUACAUUGAAGGUUAUUCAGAGAUGGUCACUCCUGAGACAUGCGAAUCUCUCCGUGGAGAGAUCUUCCCGGACCACUGCUCGGACUGUUAUGGUCUGCCAAGCGAUUUGCGGAUAUCUAGGAAGCGGAACAAAGGGGCUUGGUUGCUUUCUUGGUAAAAAGAUAAUUUGAUUUCGUAUAGUCGGGUUUUUGAGUAUAUUUGUUGAGAAGAUUUGAUUUUUAGCCAGCUUGCAGCACGACUUCUGGCCAUCAUACUGCCCUUCCGGUGAAAAAAAAAAGAAUUAACAAUAAAGAAAAACAAGGAUCGGCGUUUGUGGCUGGUGGAAUGCGAGUGAGAUUGGUGUUUGAGAGAUGAAUUAUUUGUUUCUUCUUGUAGCCUUUUGAGUGUGCAGUUACAGAAUAAUCUUGAGUGUAUGAUAGCGAAAUUGAAUAUAUAGGUCGAGUGAGUUUGUUCAAAAAUUCGUCUCAUUUGUUGUAAACGGUGUCUGUGUAUUGCUUUCCAGAAUAUGGAGUCGAAGAAGAGCGGAAUGAAAUGGAAUCACUAGACAUUGUCUUCUA